UCUCCUAGCUGCGUGCCCCUCACCACAAAGUGGGCAGCCCUGAGCUGGGAGCUGCGAUCCCGGGAGGGGUUGCUGUAAUCUUUCAUUCCUUAGUCUUUGUGCCUGUGCUCGUCGCCGCCUCCACACCCAGAGAACAAAAGCCUUGUGCGUGGUUGGAGCUUGGCAUGGUGCGGCCGGAGGCUGCAGGUCACAGCCGCACCUCAUGCGCUGGAGAGGGUUCGUGCUGGUGAGCGGAUGGUGACCUUUGGAUCUCUUACCGAGGCUCCGGACAACUCCCUGGAAGUGUCCUACCCUUGGAGUCCUGGGGGUAGUAGUUGUCUUUCCGUUGCGUGCUGGAAAGGCUUAGUUGAAGAGGUAAAAAGAUAGCUGUGUCAACUCAGGGAAGCAAUAGCCUCAUUGUAUUUUAAACAUAUCAACAAUGAAGCACUGAUAUCGGAGAACAAAGGAGCUUUUGCCAACUAACUAUCAUCACAGUUUCCAGUGAUUGUACAAGCAGAAACAAAAUACACCAGACACAUAUGCCAACUAGCAGAGGAGAGUCCUUUCUUCAGAUACAACUUAUGCAGAAGCGGUUUUAAUUUUACCUAUACCAAAUGAAAUAAAAAUGAGUGAAGGCCCCAGAUUCUUUGUUGGACCUGAAGAUACGGAAAUAAAUCCUGGAAGUUACCGGCAUUUCUUCCACCAUGCAGAUGAAGAGGAAGAGGAGGAGGAUGAAUCUCCUCCAGAAAGGCAGAUUGUAGUUGGAAUAUGCUCCAUGGCAAAGAAAUCCAAAUCCAAGCCAAUGAAGGAGAUUCUGGAACGGAUCUCCUUAUUUAAAUAUAUCACAGUAGUAGUGUUUGAAGAGGAAGUUAUACUGAAUGAACCAGUGGAAAAUUGGCCCUUAUGUGAUUGUCUUAUUUCUUUCCAUUCUAAAGGAUUUCCACUGGACAAAGCAGUUGCCUAUGCAAAACUCAGGAAUCCAUUUGUAAUCAAUGACUUGAAUAUGCAGUAUCUCAUACAAGAUAGGAGAGAAGUAUAUAGUAUUCUUCAAGCUGAAGGUAUUUUACUUCCUCGUUAUGCAAUUUUGAAUCGUGAUCCAAAUAACCCCAAAGAAUGUAAUCUGAUUGAAGGGGAAGAUCACGUGGAAGUGAAUGGGGAAGUCUUCCAGAAGCCAUUUGUAGAAAAGCCAGUCAGUGCAGAAGACCACAAUGUUUACAUUUAUUAUCCAACCUCUGCUGGAGGUGGAAGUCAGAGACUCUUUAGAAAGAUUGGCAGUAGAAGUAGUGUGUAUUCCCCAGAAAGCAAUGUACGAAAAACAGGUUCAUAUAUAUAUGAAGAGUUUAUGCCCACAGAUGGUACUGAUGUUAAGGUUUACACAGUGGGUCCAGAUUAUGCUCAUGCUGAAGCUCGAAAGUCUCCAGCCCUUGAUGGCAAGGUAGAACGAGACAGUGAAGGAAAAGAAGUACGAUACCCUGUUAUUCUCAACGCACGAGAGAAAUUAAUUGCUUGGAAAGUCUGCCUUGCUUUUAAGCAAACAGUUUGUGGCUUCGAUUUAUUACGGGCCAAUGGACAGUCCUAUGUCUGUGAUGUCAAUGGCUUCAGUUUUGUGAAAAAUUCCAUGAAGUAUUAUGAUGACUGUGCAAAAAUACUUGGAAACAUUGUAAUGCGUGAGCUCGCACCACAGUUUCAUAUCCCCUGGUCGAUACCCUUAGAAGCAGAAGAUAUUCCAAUUGUACCAACUACAUCUGGAACUAUGAUGGAACUUAGAUGUGUCAUAGCUGUCAUACGUCAUGGGGACAGAACACCAAAACAAAAAAUGAAAAUGGAAGUGAGGCACCAAAAAUUUUUUGAUCUUUUUGAAAAGUGUGAUGGAUAUAAAUCAGGAAAGUUAAAACUCAAAAAACCAAAACAGUUACAGGAAGUGCUUGAUAUUGCCCGACAGCUUCUUAUGGAACUAGGGCAAAAUAAUGAUUCUGAAAUUGAGGAAAACAAGUCCAAACUUGAACAACUUAAGACUGUAUUAGAGAUGUAUGGCCAUUUUUCUGGAAUAAAUCGUAAGGUCCAAUUGACUUACCUCCCACAUGGGUGUCCUAAGACCUCUAGUGAAGAGGAAGACAGCCGAAGAGAAGAGCCAUCCUUACUGUUGGUUCUAAAAUGGGGAGGAGAACUCACCCCUGCCGGCAGGGUGCAGGCGGAAGAGCUUGGAAGAGCUUUCAGGUGUAUGUAUCCCGGAGGUCAAGGAGAUUAUGCAGGAUUUCCUGGUUGUGGUUUACUUCGAUUACAUAGCACCUACCGACAUGACCUCAAAAUAUAUGCCUCUGAUGAAGGGCGAGUCCAGAUGACUGCCGCUGCUUUUGCAAAGGGGCUCUUGGCUCUGGAAGGAGAGCUUACGCCCAUUCUUGUUCAGAUGGUGAAAAGCGCAAAUAUGAAUGGUCUUUUGGAUAGUGACAGUGACUCUUUGAGCAGUUGUCAACAGCGUGUGAAAGCAAGACUUCAUGAAAUACUUCAGAAGGACAGAGAUUUUACUGCUGAAGAUUAUGAGAAGCUUACUCCAUCUGGAAGCAUUUCUCUUAUCAAAUCAAUGCAUUUAAUUAAGAAUCCUGUGAAGACCUGUGACAAAGUUUAUUCUUUGAUUCAAAGUUUGACUUCUCAAAUCAGACAUCGAAUGGAAGAUCCAAAAUCAUCAGAUAUUCAGCUUUACCAUAGCGAAACUUUGGAGCUUAUGCUACGUAGAUGGUCCAAGUUGGAGAAAGACUUUAAAACAAAGAAUGGAAGAUAUGAUAUUAGUAAGAUUCCUGACAUAUAUGACUGUAUAAAAUAUGAUGUCCAGCAUAAUGGUUCUUUAAAAUUAGAAGAUACAAUGGAAUUAUAUAGGCUUUCGAAGGCAUUAGCAGAUAUUGUUAUCCCUCAGGAAUAUGGUAUAACUAAAGCUGAAAAACUGGAGAUUGCCAAAGGCUACUGUACUCCUCUAGUUAGAAAAAUUCGCUCAGACCUGCAGAGAACACAAGAUGAUGACACUGUAAAUAAACUCCAUCCUGUGUAUUCCAGAGGUGUUCUGUCUCCUGAACGUCAUGUCCGUACCAGAUUAUAUUUUACCAGUGAAAGUCAUGUACAUUCUUUACUGUCUAUUCUUCGCUAUGGUGCCUUAUGCGAUGAGUCCAAGGAUGAACAGUGGAAACGAGCUAUGGACUAUCUAAACGUUGUCAGUGAACUCAACUACAUGACUCAGAUUGUUAUUAUGCUGUAUGAAGACCCUAACAAGGAUCUUUCCUCAGAAGAACGCUUUCAUGUUGAGUUACAUUUUAGUCCAGGAGCCAAAGGUUGUGAAGAAGAUAAAAAUUUACCAUCUGGCUAUGGGUACAGACCAGCUUCCAGAGAGAGUGAAGGCAGAAGAGGUUUUAAAAUUGAUAAUGAUGACGAGCCACAUACUUCUAAAAGAGAUGAGGUUGAUCGAGCUGUUAUACUGUUUAAACCAUUGGUAUCAGAGCCAAUUCAUAUACACAGGAAGUCUCCACUUCCACGAUCUAGAAAGAUGGCUACAAAUGAAGUAAGUGAAGAGAGCCCCCUGAGUGUGUCUAGCCCAGAGGGUACUGGUACCUGGCUGCAUUAUACCAGUGGUGUGGGUACUGGGCGUCGAAGACGCAGAUCAGGGGAACAAAUCACUUCUUCCCCUGUCUCCCCCAAAUCAUUGGCUUUCACAUCCAGUAUUUUUGGCUCAUGGCAACAGGUUGUAUCUGAAAAUGCUAAUUACCUUCGAACCCCAAGAACUCUUGUAGAACAGAAGCCGAGCCCGACUGUAGGGUCUCACUGUGCGGGCCUGUUUAGCACCUCAGUGCUCGGGGGUUCUUCAAGUGCACCUAACCUACAGGAUUAUGCUCGUACUCAUCGUAAAAAGCUGACCUCUUCCGGCUGCAUAGAUGACGCCACACGCGGUUCUGCUGUUAAAAGGUUUUCUAUCUCAUUUGCUCGACACCCAACCAAUGAACGCCUCCACCUCUAUAGGUGCUGGUCCGUUUCCUCUGUGGAAUUUCUAGGCUCCAGUGGCUUUGAGUUGUACUCCAUGGUGCCAUCCAUUUGUCCUCUAGAAACUCUUCACAAUGCCCUAUCUUUAAAGCAGGUGGAUGAAUUUCUGGCUUCCAUUGCUUUUCCAUCCAGUGAAGUUCCAUGGAAGACCCCUGAAAUUUCCUCACGUUCCAGUCCACUAAUGAGAAGAAAAGUGUCUUUAAAUACUUACACACCUGCAAAGAUCCUCCCAACGCCACCAGCUACCUUAAAGAGCACGAAAGCAAGCAGCAAGCCAGCUCCCAGUGGACCUUCUAAUACACUUGCUCCUAAUACCUCGUCUCGAAAAAAGAGCAUUCCUAGCAAGACAGAAGUGCAUGAACACAAAAAACCCACCGGGAAAAAGAAAUGAUGAAGUCUUCCUAGCAGAAAUUGUAACUUCUCAUACUUAGGGAAAUCACUUGUUCAGUAGAAAAAGACAUAAACUUGGCUGAAAGCUGUCAGAGCAAGUAAUUUAUGUUUCUCCUUAGACAUCCUUGUGUUCACUUAAAAAUGUUUUUAAAUGUAGAGAAUUUUUGUUUGUAUUGAGGUGAAGAACUUUGUCAUGAUCUGGAAAUGUUUAAAAUAAUGUUGUUGCCUUCUGUGAGUAGCAAAAUUUGCGAUGAAGGUCUGUUCGUUGUCAAUAUGAUGUUCGUUGUCAGUAUGAGGCUGUAGUAAGGAAAAAGAACAUAAAAAUCUCGCUGGCCUGUACCAAAGUUCAGAGUCUGAGGCUGUACACAGUGUGUUUUCAUGAGACUGCUUCCUAGCUGUAAAAACCUCUAGCUUAGGUUGCAAUUUGACUGGCAAGGUUACAUAUUGGGAACUUUUUAAAAAGUAUAUUUCCAAAGAAAUCUCACUGACUGCUUACAUGAGAAGAUUUGUCUUAAUCAUUACAGUGACACAUAUGCUGCAAUAUCUAAUAACUGGAACAUCAGCACAUGAAUUAUUUUUUUCAGUCUGUGCUUUAAAUUUUUUAUUGUAUAUUAUUUAAAAUAUUACAUAUACAGUUGGGAGAACUAUACCUUUAUGCACAUAAAUUUGUAUAUUAAUUUGUAGAAAAUAUUUUCUUUAUAUAUUUCCUUACCACAGGAGGUGCUUUGUUUUAAGAAAUUUUUCAUUUAAAUAUGGCCAGAAAGGUACCUUUGGAGUUUCUUUCUAAGAGAUACAGCUAACAAGUUUAUACGUGAUUACAUUUAUUUUCAGACUCCUUUUUAGCUCUAAGGAACUCAGCUGAAAAACAGAAAUUGUCAAUGUUACGCUGAAUUCUAUUACAUUAGUAAGUACUUACUAUGUAUACCAUCUGUUUUACCAUUUCCAUUCUUAUGUCCAGUGUAUCAGUUGAUCUCACUGAAAAAGCUUCAACAAUGAGCAUUUGAAAUAAAUGCUCUUUAUGAAUGAUUAGAUUUUGAGUGGAAGUUGACAUUAUAAUAUUGUGAUCCAUCUGUGAUGUAAAAAAAAUCAUUAUCUUUGGUGCUUUUUUCCCCAAUGCACAAAUAAUUGUGACCCAUUUGAAAUUAUUUAAACUAUAAACCAAGUGGUGAAACAUAGCAAGAAUUCCAUGCAUUGCAAGCUACAUAAUUUAAAUUGCUAAUGAUUUAGUUGGAAGCUUCUGUUUAAAAAAGUACUAGAUCUUCAUUACAUGAAUACAAUUAUUAUAAUUCUUCAAAGAAGCUCCUCUAACAUUAAAUCAUCAUAUACAAACUGACUUUUAGAAAAUAAGCAUACUACAUAUUAGUGAUUUUAAAAGGUACCAGAUGCAAAAGUCACAAAUAUGUACAAUUAAAUAAAUUCAUAUAUUUCACAUGAAUGUAUAUUAUGUGAAGAUAUGUCUUGUAAACUGUUGAAUGUACUUAAGUUUUCUGUAUGUGAAUAUGUGGUUAAUAUGCUCAUUAUGGGGGUAAAAAAACUACUUGUUUUUUAAGUGAGUCUGAAUAAAAUUCUUUCUUUCCAGAA